AUGUCUGUUGAGUCCACAACUGGUAAUGAAUCCACAGCCUAUCACCAACUAGAAACAGAAGGUCUCUGCGAGCGAGGACUUGUUCCAGACUUUUAUGGAACCAUCACCGGUACUCCAGCCCUCCUUCGGAUUUAA